AUGACCAUUUUUCCGAUAGACUUACCAAAAUUUUUUUCACUCAGUUAUCGACGAAAAUAUUUUGCUCCAAUUGAAGUUAAUAUUGGUGAUGUUGUUAAUUUAAUUGGUGGUACAAUAUUUGGAUUUCCAGCUUUAUUUAAAACUUUACCACAAUAUGGAAUUUAUGGUGAUCAAAAUAAUUGUUCAUCAUCAUCAUCAUCAUCAUCAUCAUCAUCAUUAAUAAAUAGAACAGAAAUAGAAAUUCGAGAAUUAUCUUGUGAAGUACAUCAGACAAGACAAUAUCAAAAUGCAUUAACAUUAGGAAUUAUUUUAUUUGAA